AUGGCCAAGUCAAGAAGUACCAGUGGCAAGAAGAAGAACAACAUCCUGAAGCUCAAGGUACUAGUGGAAAAGCUGCAGACGAGCCUAUCGUUGAUCCGGAAAUCCAAUUUAAGUUUCCAAAACGACUCUACCUCAGUGCCGGAAGACGUUAAGGAAGGUCACUUUGCGGUGAUUGCUGCGGACGGGGAAAAUCCAAAGAGAUUUGUGGUGCCAUUAAGUUAUCUGGCUCAUCCAACUUUCUUGAAGCUGCUGGAGCAAGCGGCCGAGGAGUUUGGCUUUGACCACGAGGGUGCCCUAGCGAUUCCUUGUCUGCCAAGCGAGCUCGAGAAGAUGUUAAGAGAUGAGCAUGCUCAUCCUCAUAUUAUGGAGAAAGACUCAUCCUCAUCUAGCUCGGGUGUUUACUGGAGUUCUUGUAAAGCUUUAGUGCAGAGCUACUGA